AUGUCAGAUUGCAGCGGCUUCCUGCGCGUCACCACCGAGGCGUAUAGGCGUGCCGGAGGGAAUACCUGUGUUGAUACGGUCCGCCUGACCUGGCCUCUGGUCGACCAGAUUGGAAGCAUACCCGAGGGAUUGGAGGCCUUAUCGCGAGUUUUCAAAACCUGCACACCCCUCCCCAAUGCCACUGCUCUCUAUGACUUUGCGCAGGAUUAUCUUGUAACACUGGCCAUGGGCAACUACCCCUACGAGAGUUCGUUUCUGGGAUCGCUGCCGGCCUGGCCCGUUACAGUAAGUCUUGUUCUUGAGCAGCUACCCUCGUAA